GAGUCUGUAGUUAAGUACAGCUGCAUGUGCAGUAUCUGUUUUAAGACAUUCUCGAACAAAAUACUACUUGAGAACCAUAUGAAGAUUAUCCACAUGGGUGGGAGGGCAUACAAAUGCAACAUUUGUUCCAAAAUAUUUGCUUACAAGCAUUUGCUAGUGAAGCAUGCCAAGAUUCAUCCAGGUAAAGACCAUGAUUAUUCCUGCAGUGUAUGUUCAAGAACAUUCCCAGAUAUGAAGACCUUGAAUAAUCACAAGGGCGUUCAUACUCGAUCAAGAUAUUAUACAUGUCCUAUUUGUUCAAAAUCAUUUAAUGGUUUAAAGAAUUGGGAACAGCAUCAGAAAUUUCAUAAUUCAUCCAUAAGGUUCAGAUGUAAGUUGUGUGGGAAAACAUUUUUAUCAAAAUCUGAUUUAUAUGAGCAUAAAAAGAUGCACAUUAAGCUCAAGAUAUAUACAUGUGGUGUUUGUAAAAACUCCUAUAACAGUACAUCAACGUUAAACAGACAUAAGCGAAAGAAGCUUGGAGAAGACCGGUGUUGUAUUUGUAACAUUUGCAAUAAGACUUUCACUGAUUCAGUAUCGCUGAGUAAGCAUAAGCUGAUUCAUUUGAAGAGAGAAUUUGGUAAUAUGGAAGAAAUGUCGGAUACUUUGGCAGCACGGAAGGCUUCUAAUAAUACUGGCUCUGUAAAUUUACUUGGGAAAUUUCACUGUCUGUUAUGUCAGAGAGAUUUCCCUGAUCAGAUUUCUUUAAGUAAGCACAAAGGAUGGCAUUCUAGGACACCUUUGGAGUCUGAACUUCCAAUUCCAUUUAAAGGAAAGAAAAUGUAUGUAUGUAGUUACUGCAACAGAUCAUUUGCUAAUAGUGGAUCACUGUCCAAACACAGGAAACUAAAUUGCCCCCCUAAAAGAAAUUACGUUAAGAGUCUAAUACCCACAGCGUUGAUCCCAGGAAAAUCUGCGUUUUCAGUAAAACCAGCGCUGCCGUCAAUGAGAACAGCGACACAAGUAAAACAAAGUAUUCUUUCAGGAAAACCAAACAUUUCUUCAUUUGCAAAUGUUCCAAAAACUGAAAGAGCAAGAUCCUUCCCUUGCCUGAUGUGUGAGAAAAUCUUCAGCAAUAAGAAAGCUUUGAUAAGACACAAAGGAUGGCAUUCAAGGUGUCCCACCCUAGGGAGGGAACAGUUGCCACCAGUUGACUGUCUACCAGAAAACACUGUUAGGAACGUGACAGAGGAGCAGGUGGCAUCGAAACGCCGCACUUGUAAUGUAUGUUUCAAAGUUUACAGUUCAGCAUCGACUUUGAGCAGACACAAACGAUUACAUACAAGGAAAAUUCUUACAAACAUCAAGAGUAUAAAAAAAACACUUCCUGUAGUCAGAAAUAAUAAAGAAGCAGGCCCUGAAAGUUUGCAUGCCUGCCAAUAUUGCAGGAAAUUAUUCCGAUUCAGAAGGCACCUAGUAGAUCAUGAACGUGUUCACACAGGAGAGCGUCCUUUCUCGUGCAACCAGUGUUCAUUGUCAUUUUCAAGAAGGGCAAUCUUGUGGCGUCACAAAAAGACUCAUUUAGGUUUUUGACCAUUUUCCUGCACUGUUUGCUCUAAAUCGUUCCUCAUGAACUUUCAACUUAAUCAACAUUUGGCUGAAAAACACAUGCCCAAGGAAAUAUAUGCGUGUCGUAGAUGUGACAAAACAUAUUGUACUAUGAUGGCAUUAAGAAAACAUGAACAGCUGGUGCAUGAGGCAUAUGUAGUGACUUGAAUAUUUUGAUUAUGUUGAAGUAUCUCCUUUAAGCGGGCCAUCCACAUACGAGUCUGACUUGCGAGUCUGGCUCGGCGAGCUUGACUCGUGAGCCGGGCUCGGAUAUAUUUCACCACACAUGCAUAGCAGACUGAGCUCAUGACACCCCACCCACAAAUGAGUCUGGCUGAAUGGAACCCGAGCCGAGCCAGACUCCUACGUGGAUGGGCCGCUUUAGACAUACUUAUAUUAUUAUACUAAUUAUUGAAUGUUUCCAUUAUAGGUCAUGAGAGUUGGUUGUAAGUUUUUCUUGUGGUCCUGUCACUUGGAAUGACAGUAUAUUGUGAGAUUGGUGGGUGUUAUGUGUGUAUACGCACAAACACACACACAUAUUUUACUGGUGUGUGUGUGUUUUUCUUUCUGUCUUUCUUUCUUUCUUUUAAUAUGUUAUACUGAGCUGUCGUACGUGGUUUAAUGAAAUUGAAUCUGACAGUGUCUUGCUUAAAUCUUUUAAAGUGCGUAAUUAGCUACAAAUACAAAUUGUGACUUCUUUAUCUGCCUGUCACUAGACAGAGUGAUCUGCUCGGGUAAGGAUAAAUGUGAAAACGAAGCAGUGAGUGAUACCUCGUUUAAGUGUUGUAUAUGUAUGCCCAUUGAACUUGCGAGUUUGAUACUUCACAUGCACAGCAUUUGAUUCGCGAGAAAGGUGAAAGUGUACUGUUUACAAAGCUUAGGAAGGAAAUCAGCGCAUUGUGAUUUGCUGUGUAUGUGGUGCCCAAAAUGCCCAUAAAUAUGGGUCUAAUUGUUUCGAAACCUCAACCUCGGACAGACGGACCUAACAGAAGGACCAAAUGGAAGAGGAGAAUUGAGGAGGCCAUGGACCGAAUAUGGACCGGAGAGCCAUAGAAGAAGAAGAUGGGUCUGUAAUGAGGCAAGAUCAAACAUUAAUGCCUAAUGUGAAGUCGCACAUUAUAAAGUGUAUGGGCUUCUUUUUAUAUGUAUAUAUGUGUGUGUACGUGCACACGCACACACCAAGGAGAUGGUGUGUUGUCUGCCAUAUCUCAAGAUGCUUCAUUAGGGUGUCUUGGGUCACAACUGGAAGAGGAAAAUGGGAACAUGGUAAUUUUUCAGCACCGUGAAGACUGCCGUACUGGUCAUUAGAAGUCCUCAUUUACCUGGAUGAAACAAUAAGCAGUGGUGAGGUCCCGGUAGAAACAUCGUUUGGCCUCCGAGUCUGCCAAAUAUGACACACUCCCUCCUCCUGCCACGUGUUUGCGCUCGGGUUAAUGAAGAACAUCGUGACACUAAAUGACCCACAGACGUGAUGUGACGUUAAAGAUUACCGCAACUUUCUAGGAAAUCACACCAAAGAUGUAGAAUGUUGACUGACAUUGGGAAAAUUUGGCAUCAUACUGUGAUCUGUGCUGGGUCUGCAGGACGAGGGGAGUGAGUCCAAAAGAUCCUAAUCACGGUGUCCCACCUUUGUAGAUGAAGUGUGCCAAAUACUGAUUCAUGCUGUCGCUAUUUAAAAAUGUGUUUAGUUUGUUCAUACCCAAAUGGAUAAUCCUGUAGUAACUGGUAAAUAAGGAUGUGAUGUUUCGCAUUAUGUAAUUCAUGAAAGACGAGCAUUUAUUUGGAUAAGAAUCUUUUUGCCUUUAAGAUCUUGUAGUGUACUUUACAUUUUUAAAUCUUUUUCUGUUAUAAUUUUUAUAAUUACCAUUAUAACUUGAACACUUUUGAUACAUUAUGAUCAUUCAAAACUCAUAAUUUUACUAUGAUCCUGUGUUUUAUUACACUUUGAGUGGAAUAUUUGCUAGAACUAAUGGUGGUAACCGGUGAAGAAGAGUUUUGAUAGAAAGUUAAAUUUUACCCACAUUGAGCAUUAAUAGCUGUUGCAAAGUUUUAUGAGGAGGUGAUGUUUUAGGUUUAAUAGAGUUGUCAUCUAGAACAUUAUAAUUUACAUAAAAUUUAUCUUGCCAGAAAUGAAUGAAUUUGCCCCAUCAAAACUAAGAAUUUAUUUAGUGGUACUGGGUAGUGUGCAUGCUUUGUAAUUGGAGAUUGAAGCAGAUUAUAUAAUAAAAUAAAAAUCUUUUGUUAAAAUUU